AUGCGAGCGUUCAAAGAGGCCGCCGGCCAGCCGCGAUACGAUCCCUGGGAACGAGCUGAGGCGUGGAGAUAUACAGGCACAUUCUCGCGCUUCAACCGCUUCAAGGGCUCCCUACCUGGUCUGGGCACCGCCACCGUCGCUUUCGCCGGAUACUGCGUCUACGAGCAUUUCUUCAUGCAGGACGAGCAUCACGGCGAGGCCCACCAUUAA